AUGAUGAUUAGUACACGUCUAUCAUCACGUUCAUUUCAAUCUAUGAUAAAUGAUGAAACUUUAUGUGAUGAUUUAACAACAUUAAAUCAAAAUUCAUCAUCAUCAAUGGUAUAUCGUACAUUAAAUAUUCAUUGUAUUAGUCAAGAAUAUAUAUUUCGAAAAGAAAAUUCUUCGCAAGUAAGUAAAACACAAUCAAUUGAAGAAGAAGAAAAAUUAACAUGUGAACAUACAAAAAAUGAACACGAUUAUUCCGAAUCAUUAGAAAAUCUUCUUAAUUUAACACCAAGAAAUAUUACAAUUAUUGAAUUAAUUACAUCAGAACAACGAUUUACAUAUAUAACACCAAUGUUGGAAAGCAAUAUUUUAUCAUCAUCUCAUAUAGAUGCACUUUUUCUUAAUUGGCCAAGUUUAACGCGUACUCAUGAAAAACUUGCUAAUGAAUUAUUAACUGCUUUGAAAAUGGAAGGUGAACAAAUAUCUAUUGGAAAAAUUUUAUGUGAAUUCAUUCCUCAAUUAGUUAGUGAAUAUGAAAUUUACUUUCGUUUUCAUCCAACUGCAAUGAAAUGUUUUCGUGAACAAUUUAAUAUAUCUUCAAAAUUUCGUGCUUUUAUGCAGAAAACAAAGCAACAAAGUUAUGGAAUAGGUACAAUGGGUGAUGCAAAUAUUUUAACAUUACCAUUACAACGUAUUGCUAAAUAUCCAUUUAUGAUCUAUCAAAUUUUAAAAAAUACAUCAGAUAAUUAUCAUGAUCAUAAUCAAUUACAUAAUUCAUUAAAAAAAGCAAAUGAAUUACGUGAAACAAUAAAUAAUGCUAUUGAUGAAGAAAUAAAUCGAACGAAAUUUGAAUGGUUACAGAAACAUGUUGAUUGUACAAAGAUUAAUGAAACAAUCAUAUUUAAUUCAUUAACUCAUUUUGGUGAACAAAGAAAAUUAUUACAUUAUAGUCAUAUACGAUUGUCAAAAUCAACAAAUAAUCUUUUAUAUGCAAUGUUAUUUAAUGAUUUUUUACUUUUAACUCGUAUAAAACGACCAUUAAUAACAAAAAUUCUUCAAAUUAUUAAUCGUACAACGUAUAAUCAUCGACGACAACAAAAUCAAUAUAUUUAUAAACCAUCAAUAAAACAAACAAAUAUCGAUUGGUUUGAUUCAUCUGAAGCUGAUCAUCUUUAUUUAAUUGUUUAUAAAAAACCUAUCAUGUUACAUGAUAUACGAAAUGUUGGAAUAGUAGAAAAUAAUUCGUUAGCUUUUCAAUUUGAUUAUCAUGGAAAUCAAAUGAUUUUCUUAACAAAUAAUAUUAAUGAAAGACUUUUAUGGAUAAAAAAUAUUAAUGAUGCAAUAAAUAUUUGUCGCCGAAAACGUUUAAUUACUUCAAUGCUUCGUGCACCAGAAUCAAAUUUGAAUUCGGUGGUUUAUCAACCGAUUGGAAAAAUAUUUAUUCGAGAAAUUAAUGCAAUCAAUUUGCCAUUAAUAUCGUUACAAAAGAAUGGUCAGUUUGAGCAAUAUUAUCAGAAUUUUGAUUAUUAA